UCAUAUUGUUUAAGUGUUCUACUGGGAACGUUGAGAGGAAGGGAUGACUUCAUUGUGAUGUUUGUUGUCAUCAAAGAGAACUAUAGAUUUAAGAAAAAUUAGAUGUGGAAUAAUUCAGGAAAUCUUCUCUCUUCAAUAAAUGAGGAGAAGCAUGGAGAGAGGCUUCCAGUACUAGCAAGCUCAUAAAAAACCUAAAGUACAGCAAUAGUAACUCAGUGAAUGUGAGAGUGCCAGAAAGAUGUUCUAAGUGAUGAGCUAUAUAUUUAUUAUUUAUAUUAUGUUCAGUUAUUCAAAUAUCCCUGUCUUCUCAGUCCCUAAUUAUGUUGGUCCUCAAUAAUACCAAUGCUCAACUUCUGACCUUCUUCCUGACGGGUAUCCCAGGCCUGAGAGCAGCCCAGGUCUGGGUCUCCAUCCCUUUUUGUCUCCUGUAUGUCAUCGCCCUCUCUGGGAACAGCAUGAUCCUAUUUGUGGUCCUCCGUGAGCAGAACCUCCAUGAGCCCAUGUAUUAUUUCCUCUCUAUGCUUUCAGCCAUCGACCUGAGCUUAUCCCUGUGCACACUUCCUACUACCCUUGGUGUUUUCUGGUUUGAAGCUCGCGAAAUCACCUUAAAUGCCUGCAUUGCCCAGAUGUUCUUUCUCCAUGGAUUUACUUUCAUGGAGUCUGGGGUUCUAUUGGCCAUGGCCUUUGACCGUUUUGUAGCCAUCUGUGAUCCACUGAGAUAUGCCACCAUCCUCACCAAUGCCAGGAUUGCCCAGAUUGGGAUAAGCAUGUUGAUAAGGAACGUUGCUGUAAUGUUACCAGUGGUGCUCUUUGUCAAGAGGCUGUCCUUCUGCCGUGCUGUGGCCCUCUCACAUUCUUACUGCUACCAUGUCGAUCUCAUUCAACUCUCAUGCACAGACAACAGAAUCAACAGCAUCCUUGGUCUGUUUGCACUUUUUUCCACGACGGGGUUUGAUUGUCCUUGCAUCUUGAUCUCCUAUGUCCUGAUCAUUCGAUCUGUUCUCAACAUUGCCUCCUCUGAGGGGCGGCAAAAAGCCUUCAACACCUGCAUAUCCCACAUCAGCGCUGUUGCCAUCUUCUACAUCCCUCUCAUCAGCUUGUCUCUUGUCCAUCGCUAUGGCCAUUCAGCACCUCUGUUUGUCCACACCAUCAUGGCCAAUGUCUUCCUUCUCAUCCCUCCUGUGCUCAACCCUAUCAUCUACAGUGUGAAGACUAAGCAGAUUCGAAAGGCUAUUGUCAAGGUCUUAAUUCAGAAGCAACAAAUCUAAUCAUUAGUAAUCUCAGAGUAGAGACAAAGCCAUUUAUGAAUGAAUGCCUUGGUAGAAUGGUGUAAUUAUCCCCAAAUGGCCUACAUGUGCUUUCAACAACCUAAACUAUGCAACUUACAGGUUGUGUGAUAUUUGCUUAGUUUCCUUGUCAGUAAUUCCACAUUAAUGUUGCCUAAAUUUUGUUUCAUUUUCAAUGUAAAGUGAGAUAUGUAUGUAAACAACUAUUCAUAUGUGCAAGUACUAUGUGUCCUGAAUAAAAUGUUCAUUCAGCUGCAUACGAUAAGUCCAGAUUUAAUG